AUGCUAGCAGUUCUGGGUGAAUCAAAUGAAACAAGAUCAUCUUCUACCGAUGUUAAGGAAAAAUCUGAGUCAGACAGGCUAGUUGAUGGUAUGGACUUUGGUGAACUAUGCAACGAAUUUGAGUGCCUGAGUAGCCCAGCUGUGGAGUCGACAGCAAGACAGCUAGCACGGGAUAUUUUAGAGUUGCGAGAAGGAAACCGUGCCUUAGGAUCAUAUUCUGUUUCCGUCAAAUAUAAGGACCCUAUUAGGACCUUUACAGGACGAGAAAAGUACAAAAGACCACUGUGGGCAACUGGUGCACUGGAGAAUCCCUCUGUGACAGUGCAGGACAUGGUUAUGUUAUCAACUAGCACACUCAGCAUCAAGUGGACACUUCGCGGGAAACCGAAAAAUCCUAUAUUUGCAUUAGGAGGCGACUUGAUUCUUCGUGUGAAUUCUCAGUUCAUUUUGAACCAAAUAAGCGGACAAGUGAUUGAACAUGAGGAGUUUUGGGACGUGUCUUCAUCAUCCGCACUUGCUCAGGGAUAUUUCUGGAUUUCUAGGCGGCUUUUCUCUGCAAUCGAGUCUGGAAAAGAUACAGUCAAUGCUGCUAAGGAUAUAACAUCUGGCUUCUCCACUGAAAAGGAGAAAAUGGAUGUGUAUCCGGACCCAUUAGGAGAUCCUACAAAGUUUUUUCAAAGGGACGACGGUUUUAUGAGAGAUGCUUAUCAGAUUGCGUUGUUUCUGGCUAUCAUCUACUUCGUUGUACAGUUUUUGAGGCAAACUGUAUGAAUGGAUGCCUUUUAGUUCCACUUUCCAAAUUUUUGUGUUAUUAUUGUUUAUAACUCACAUCAUGUAAUAUUAAACACCCGUUUGUAUGUCUAUUUACCAAAUUAUAUGUAUAUGAUUACGAUGAACACAUCCGUAUGUGUUGCUCUACCGUGACUGGUAAUAUUUGAGGGGACUGUAGAAAUAUUGAAAUAUUGUUAGCAAA